AUGGCCGAAAGCAAGCAGAAUCGGGAAGAUGUUCUCACAUGUUCUAUAUGUAUGGAAACUUUCCGGAAACCAGUAAUGCUACCCUGUCAGCACAGUUUUUGUAGGGAAUGCAUUGAUUUGUAUGCUGCCAAGUCCAAAUCUGUACAGACAGACGAGACCUCCGGCAGCACGGGGCUGAUCUCUUGCCCUGUGUGUCGGGCACCGACCAAUCUGGGGAGAGAAGGUGUGGCUGGUCUGCUUCCCAACUUUCAUCUGGCAGAAAUGGUGGAGAGGUUCUCGUCUGUUGUAAUGGUUGAGGAUGAAAUCCCAUAUUGUUCUCUGUGUGUAGACAAUCAGGCUAAAGCUGUCAAGUUUUGUACCAGCUGUGGUGUGUUCUACUGUGAGGAAUGUCUUGCAAAUUUCCAUCCAAUGAGGGGGCCUCUAAAACGUCAUCGACUGAUUUCGGCUCUGGAGUACCUCUCCCAGGAAACCUCACAGGGUCAAGUCAGCAGGGACCACCAAUCAGCUCAGCAGCCGUCAUGUGCCAGACACUGUCAGCCAUUCAUCUUGUUCUGUGAACCGUGUCGAAUGGUGAUCUGUCUGGGGUGUGUGGUUGACCACCCGGGACACGCCAUGCGGGAUAUACCAUCGUCAGCUGAGAAUGACAAGGUAAUGCGAAAAAGACAUUCGUAUAUCAUGCAGCCAUCAACCAAAAUGGAUGUUCAGAGUCAUUAA